AUGACAGGAGUAUGCUUGAGCGCACAGGUGAAAAGUCAGACGCUUCCUCGACAGGUAUAUGGCAGUCAGGCACCUUUCUCCUCGGGUUUUCCCGACUACCCCUACCCUCGGUUCGGCUACCCCGCCAGUCAGGGUCGGUCUACCAGCAGUCAGUUGAGUUCUGUCAGUCGAACGGUCGAGAUGGCGUCCUCGAGUUCCGUUGCCUCCGCAUACAGCAGCGAAGACACCGCGCAGUGGUUGUUGUCCCCGUCGUUCGGGGAAGCCCUAAUAGACUGUCAGUUCGAUUCCGGCUCCAGGUGCGAGAGUGCAUCUCCGGUUUCUGUUACCUCCGGUUAUAGCAACGGAGAUAACACGCAGUUGUCUUACUCUCCUCCAAUCAGUGUAGUAUCGGAAGUCGAGUUCGGUUCCGGUUCCAGAUGUGAGACAGUGUCUCCUAAUUCGGUAACAUCCGGUUUUAGCAACGGAGAUAACACACAGUGGUCUUACUCUCCUUCAGUUAGUGAAGGACUAGACAGUCAAUUCGGUUACGGGAACGAACCGGUGCAGAUGACGUCUCCAUAUUCGGUUCCUUCGGGCUCGACCAGCCCUGACAUUCACUGCAAUCUUCUCCUUAAGAGCGGCGGUAGUGUUGAAUCGCCUUCGCCCCCACUGUCUUCAUCCCCACAUGAGGGUGCUGCUUAUCCGCCGAUGAUAUCUCCGGAGUAUCAAGCUAUGGGGAAUGCUGAUUUAGAGGUCCUCGGAGCGAUGGCGAGCGGGUUCAUGAAGGGUCCGACCCUCCAGCCCAUGAUGUCCACCCAUCAUCAGUUUCCUCCAGUGUCCGCCCUGGGUACUCCCUUUGGGCUUCAUCACAUAGACUCAUCAGUUGGGUUCCCACCAGGGAUGGGAACUCGUAAACAGAGGCGGGAGAGGACCACCUUCACCCGCGCCCAGCUGGACGUCUUGGAAGAUCUGUUCUUCAGGACCAGAUACCCGGACAUCUUCAUGAGGGAAGAAGUGGCUCUGAAGAUUAACCUACCUGAAUCUAGAGUACAGGUGUGGUUCAAAAACCGAAGAGCAAAAUGCAGACAACAGGCUCAGUCGAACCCGGGGCCCACCGCCAACAGUGCUGCUAACAAGAGCUCCAGGGGCGCCACCAAGUCCCGAGGGAUCUCCAAGUCUCCCAGCCACAGCGAGCCUAUGGGUGACGUCAAACCUCCGGAGACCGCUGACCUCCGGAGCCUCAAGGCCUGCAGCUCACCCGUCACCUUCCCCGCCCCCGCCCGCGCAGCUCCAGGCACCCCCGCCGGAGGCAGCAGUGCCCCUUCCUCCGGCACCACCCCCAGCCCACCACUGACUCCUGGCUACUCGCAAGACAUGCCGCAAUACUACUGGGGAUCCUCGGGUUCCAACUAUACCCAGAACUAUUACUACCCCACGAGCAGUGUCCACGAGUACUUUCCCGCCGGCCCUACUCACCCCCAGGGGUCCGUGAACAACCACUACCACCCCUACUACCACUCGGGGAGUGGAUACUCCGUGGACUCCGGCCACUACCACCAGUACUCCCACAGCCACGCUCACUCCCACGGACGAACGGACUGCAGUGCGGACUACCUGGGCUAAACCACAUCCGUUUCUCUCUGAACAUUUGCCACCGUGCAUGAACUGUACAUAUUGUAAAUCGAUAUAGACGAUAGAAGAUAUCGUGUCGAGAUUUAUUUAUCAGUAGAGAUACGUUCUUAACAUGUUUAAAAGUUUAUCACAUUACGAUAAACUAUUUUUGUGAUAAUUUGGUAAAUUAGAUUUGUGCCAAUUAUGAUGACAUUUUCUUUUUUGAAAAUUCAUCAUACGUAAUAUUGUUUCAAUGACUUAAUUGUAAAUAUCGUACUGUUUUCCUCUAGGAUUAGUUUAUACUACACGGAUUGUACUGUUUGUCAUGGAAUAGUGUGUUCCAUUGAAAUCUAAAUAAUUUAUACAGGGGUAUUUGUGAACAUAAUACUGCACACCCAUCGCUUUCAGAUCGUUAUUUUAGUGAUCGUCUAUCACUAAACAGUAAAAAUUACAAAGACAAAAUUGUUUACUGUCGUUCCAACAAUCAAUUGGUUUAAAGUGAUUAUUUGGUUUCAAGAACAGUCUUUAAAGAGAGAUAACAAAACGCACAUUGUUUAAAUUUUACAACUAUUUAUUGCACUUUAAAACAGGCAAUUAAUACUAUAGGAAUUUUAUGGCUAUGCUCUUUUUUAAAACAUUGUAUAUUGUUUACAUUGGUUUUAAAUAAGCAUUAUUAAGACCUUUUUCUCAUGAUCAAGUAGACUUGCUUCGUUUUGUAAAUGCAUUAUUUGUUUUUUUCUUUUAAUUUAACUGUCAACUUUUUAUAUCGCUGUAAUCGUAUCUUUAUACAGCCAACAGUAAUUAAAACAUAUUUAAAGGCCCAAAUUUCAUCUCGAAAUAUAACUAAAUUUAAUAUAACUUAAAUUCUUUAUUUGGUUUUAAGAAAAAGACAUGGUUUUUAAAGGGUAACAUUAAAAAAAUGCAAAGCUCGUGCACAUUAUAAUAUUAAAAUCAAGAGAUAAAGAAAUAACGCUAAAUCUUUUAGAUCCCUGGCAGGAGCAGAUAUACAAAUUAGAUACAGUAGAGGGUUUGCCUAAGCCAGGGUUGCAGGCGUUGCAGGCUAGGAGUGAUUUAUUUGGUUUUCCCAAAUUUGUUAAUACGAGUAGUAAACAGUUGUCUCUGGAUGCCAUGUUUACUCUGAAUAUUCUAAGAAACCAAUAAAUCACUAUCUUUCCUCCAUUCACUAAUUUCUCUUUUCUGUUAUUGAAAGCCCAUAUCAGUAAUCACUUUGAUAAUGAAAUAAUGAUCCACUAUCAAAACCAAUUGUUUUGUACCUUUUCUUUGUAAAAUGUCAGUCUUUGUAACUUCCUUUUGCAGAAUUAAUGACACCUAAUUCAUUUCUAAGCUGGCAGUAUGGUUAUUCCACAACCUCUGAUAAAAGUCACGAUAUUCGAUUGAGAGCAUUGAAUCAAUUCUUGGAGAGAAGUCUUUUUGCGAUUACUAAAAGACAUUUCUUCUAUGGUAUUGCAUAACAUUUGUGUGUUUUUAUAUACUUGUAUGUUUUAAUAGUAAAUGGUUUUGUAAGUUUUAGAUAAUCUGUGUGAAAUACUGUUUGUAAUAUUAUUAGUUUGUAUACUUUGUGUUAUUUUUCUUUUGUAAUCUGUGAUCUAAGACAUGAUUGGAAUUAUUUCAAGGUUUCAUGUUUAUGAUCAAAACAGACUACUUCUCCAUACGUAAAAAUGAUAAAAAAAACAAAAAAUAUGAAAAUUAUAAAAAAUCAUAAAAAAUUGUGAAAUUUAUAAUUUCAUUUAUUGUAAUUGUAAAAAAAUUGUAUAUUUCUUCAAAUUUUAAGCAAUAUAAAUCUAAACCGCUUUCAAAGUAAUAUUUAAAAGCAAUUUAAUUUAUAUUGCCUAAAAUUUGUCUUACUUAGUGUCAUAAAUAAAGUGUGCUUUAAUUUUGUAACAGUAAAUGGAACCACAUAUUUAGUACCCUUAAUUUUUAUGUGACAACUUAUAUGCUUUUGAAAUGUUUAAUAUUUGCAUUGUCUCUAAUUAUUUUUGUAAUUUCAAAUUUUCCAGUUCUAUGAAAGGAACAGGUGAUUCCGACUUCUAGCUAAGAUUAAGCCACUCCGGUUUUUUAAUACAAUCUUAGGUAGAUGAGGUUUUGUAUACAAUCCUUUGAGAGUGGUUCCCUUUACUAUUAAUUUUUUAAUAUGGAUGACAAUACAUUUUCUUGUCAUCCAUAAUAAAAAAUUGAACCAUUGCGAAAUGUAUACAAAACACACUGCACACCGUAAAUAAUAAAACGCAUACAUGUCUCAACGGGUACAUCGUAAGAUUGAAGGCAUACUGUGUGUUUUAUAUACAUUUCGAAACGGUUACAUACUGUGUUUGAUAUUUUAUUGUGUUUUGUGAUGCAGGGUGUGGUUGAAAUUGUUUAUCAACCUUUUCAUGACUAACUAGUGGCAAAUCACCCUUAAUAUUAUUGAUCUUCUUCCUACUAAAAAUUGUUUUCUGUAUCAUUCAUCGGACCUGAGUGCCAAAUCAGUGUUAAAUACAGUGGGGGAGAGGGUUGUCACUAGAUAGUCAGUCAUUUUUUGUGAAAUAAUGUAUGCAGUAUUUAUUUCAAAUACUAUGUAUUGUAUCCUCCGAUUUUUUGUUUUCAGUGCAGCAUACUAUUUAAAAUGUUUUAACUUGUCCAUGUCCUUUGAUAACAAAAGGGUGAUUAUUUACACAUAGAUUAUGUACAAUACUCCAAAAUCUUAACAAUUUCCCCGCCUUGAGGCGCACACUGUGACGGGAACGUGGGUACUCCCACUUUGUAAAUAUUGUACAUUGUGAGUCUAUGUAUAUACUCUUGUCACAAUAUGUAUGUAUGCAUGAGAGAAUGACCAUGUUGCUACUCGAUAACUUUUGACUCGGCAACGACUGCUAUGAAAACUAUUAAAUCGAUUAACUUCUUUGA